AGAUCUCGCCUCCUCUCCUCCCGAAGCCCAAAACCCUAGCCCUGCUCCUCCUCCUCCGGCGGCGGCGGCGGCGGCGGCGGCCAUGGACAAGAGCAUGCUCGGGGACCUGGACGGCCUCCCGGAGGAGGACAAGCUGCGGAUGGCGGCCAUGGUCGACCAGCUCCAGAUCCGCGACAGUUUGAGAAUGUACAACUCCCUAGUGGAGCGGUGCUUUACGGACUGCGUGGACACUUUCCGUCGGAAGACCCUCGACAAACAAGAGGAGUCCUGCGUCAAGCGCUGUGCUGAGAAGUUUCUGAAGCAUUCCAUGAGAGUUGGCAUGAGAUUUGCCGAGCUUAACCAGGGCGUUGCCACACCUGACUAAUUCAUUGGAUUUGGUUUCUACCGUUGGCAAUUCUGUCAACAUAAAAUCUGUAAGCCUUAAAUAUUUGACUUUUUGAGGAUAUGAGAGACAUCAAUAUUUUUCUCUUAAACCGACUGGGGACUGCUGGGUAUCAAGUUGAAUAAAAUUACAUCGAAUUCCCAUAUUGCUAGCUGUUGCAAAGAGUCAUUCUGAAUCUUUUUACAGUCCUGUGUAAUAUACUUCUGUUAUGUUUAGUUUCAUAUCCUGAGGAUGCAGGAACCUUUAGUACACUACUAUUGCUCUGUUCAA